AUGUGCCUUGAAAGAGCUCAGAAGACACUUGUUCUUUACUCAGCUGAGACUGACUUCCACUGCCACAAGAAACAGGGACGCACGUUCCACAUGGUCACAGUUUCCAACAGCUCAGGUGAAGCUGUGGUCCAGUACUUCAGCAGUCAGACAGAUGAGCAACCGGACGCUUGUGGUUCGUUUGUGAGAUUGAAGAAGGAUGACAAUUCCAAGUUAGUUGGCAUUUGCAAAGAUUGGGGACUAGUAAGUGGAAAGUACUUGGUUGGAAAGUGGGGAAAUGGAGAAGAUGAAGACAGGUUAUACCAGUUUCCCGCCUUCGGACAACCAAGUAUCAUCUUAAGGUCCACUUGAAUAACGUUGGUGACCUGUACGACGUGGAAUGCGAUGAUAUCGCCUCUCAGACGGUUAACUCAAUCGGCGAUUUCAGAAGAGUCUUUCUUCGUUAGUUGCGUGUGACUCAGAGCUGUCUGUAACCUAUGCAACCCUUGAUUGUGCGAAUAACUUUAACAAACGAAUAAUCAAAACAAAGACGAACACAAGAAAUGCGCCGUCACCGUGACCAGCUGCAGGUUAUAAAGACGUUUAAGCGUACAAAUAUCUAAUUAGGUCACAUGUCUGACAUUCCCCCUUCCUUGUGACUCACCAAUAGUGCUCCACUGUUUUAUCGUCUAGUUAUAGUUUUACAUACACCACAGCCUAAGGGAGUCAAUGAGUUAAACGCGGUUUUCUAUGCAGAAGUUUAUGUAGCUUUACUUACUUCCAAGAACAAUUGAGGUUAGAGGAGUAAGCCUUUCUCUUUUGUUUGGUCACGCCGCUUGUUUUCCCUCUUUAGAAAUGAGGAUUAUAACAAACUAAAGGUUGCACAACUUGAUCUGUACUUGCGACUCUUCUUAGUUAGUUUGCUCCGUUAAAACUCCAAGCCAAGUUAUGCGGGCUGUUCGUUAUCACCUUAGAGCUUGCCACAAUUUCUUUAACCCUUUACACCCUAAGAUCAGUAUACGUAUUCUCCAUAAUGUUCUCUGAACAUUUACUAAGGUUGUGACAUAGAAAAUUUGUCUAACAAUAAAGAGUUUCUUUAGUUGGUGAUCAUUUCCUUUAUUCUCAUGACAUUAAUGUGUGAUUCAGCGGUGAUACUGUAAGGAGAAAUUAGAUGCUAGUCACUCUUAGGGGUUAAAGAGUUAAAGUGCCGCGGCAAGUUUUAUAACUUUUUUCCCGACAGCUUUACAAAAUUUUUUUGCAUGUCAGAACGAAUAUUCCCGAUCGUACUUUUCCUUUCUUUAAAGCGCUUGGCUCGUUCAAAGUCUCUCAAGGAAGUGGUAAGCCAUUCCUUUAAGAUUUUUCACUUAUGUUUCCUUAAGAGAGAAUGAAGAACAUCAUUCCACCUUUGGUUCUCUCAUUUACAGGAGAACAUGAUCCUCUCAUGAAUCCCUCUAGAAACUAUAAAACCUCGAAUGAGUAAUGAUGUUACUGCAUGAGAUUAGUUUUCCGACACUGUAGAUCACACUUUAUGUCAGUUUAAGCUUUCAUGUGUUAGACAAAUCUGACAUUUUAUGAAUCAGUUUAGUGUUGCGUGGUUCUGUAAAUGAAAAAGUUUGCGUAAACUGACUAUAGUCACAAAUAUCAAAACUCCGUCCACUCUAAAAAUCUGUGUUCUUGACAGCUACGAAAAAGUGAUCAGUACUGACUAUAGUUUGAAAGCCCUUCGUGAAAUCUUGAGUUUGGCUUUAAGAAUUUCUCAAAGUUUCCGUAUUCUCUUUAUACUUUCGUCUCCUUUAUUCGCCGUUUUCAGCUAAUUAGAUAAAGCUCAAUUGUCCGUGUUAAGGGAUCGAAUGAGACGAGGGAUGUUAAGGUCAAAGAUUCCGAAGUAUAAAACAAUUCGGCGUAAUCCUCGGGUAUUUUAAUCAUAAAUCAGAGAUUGGGGAUAUCAUUCAAGGAAAUUCAGGUUUGUAAGCACAGGACAGGUGAUGAGCUAGAAUGACGAAUGUCGACCAAUAAAAGUAUCAUUUACCAUAUAAUGUUUAAAGUAACACUCUAAAAUAUAACAUCAUUAAAACAAUUAGGCAUCAAAGGCGUACCAUCUUCAAUUUUGUUUCCUAUACAUUUAUUAUCACUAGAUGAAUGUCGCACGCUACUGUUUGAAUUCUCAGUCGAAGGAAGCGCCUUGGUUGUCGAUCACGUAAUCAGCGUACAUGUGACAGAAUCGUCAGAGGAUUGUGAAUUAAAGUGUUAUUUAGAGGAUGAUUGUAUGUCGAUCCACAUCGAACCAAAAAGCGAUGGAACAUAUUAGUAUGAAUUUAGUGACUCAGACCACGUUUUACAUCCUCGAGAUCUGGAAAAUCGGAAAGACGUUAUCAACAGAUCAGUGCAGGUGAGAAUUUGUCGAUUCAACUAACGGAUCAAUUUAUCUCUCAAUCUUAUUACGUAAGGGGAUGCAUUCAGAUUAGUUUUAGAACUCUUUCGUUUCCGAAGGCCCGUAAGAAUUAAAUAAAAAACUAGAAAAAUGAACGACCAAUCCUCACUCGAGAAUUAACUCACAGAACAAACAUGAGUUGUAGUUAUUAUUUGUUUACAGUAUUUCAUUAAUAAUAUACAUGGAAAAAUCACUCAGUUCUGAUUGGUUAAGAUAAAUGUGGUUUUCAGGUAAUUCAGUGCAGAAGAGAGUUAAUUCAAUGCAGAAGAGGGUUAAUUUAGUGCAAAAAAAGUAACAAAUCAGACAUUCUGAUUGGUCAAUAAUCAAAGAAAUUCAUAAAUAGCCAAUCAAAUGUGAGCCUUGGAUGUCGGCGUUUUAAGUAGGUUUUCUUUCGCCACCGUUGCUGAAAAACAGCUCAAACAACGAAAACGCUGUAAAAAGCAUUGCUAUUUGGUUGUCGGUUUGGAAAAAGUGAUGUUUAGAGAAGGGAAUUGCCAAGGAAAUCGAAAAUUACGAGCCGACCCAAUUUAACACUUUGCUCGAGCGAUCCAACGCCGAAAUUAAAAACAAACAUGGUUAAACCUCGGAAACGACGAUUCAAUUUUAUCGUUAGUGAUCCGGACACAGACUGAACAAUUCCUUCAACUGUUUAGCCGGACUUUUUUGCGCCUUAAAGUUGUAAAGAUAUUAUUGCAUAUUAUUGUUUUGAUCGUACGCGGUUGUUUUGACCGAACGCACGGUUUGAAUAAAUAAUUUUUGCACUCGAUGUGCGCGCUUUGCUUAUGCUUAAUUAUGAUGAACCAUCUCGUAUUUUUCCAUGCAUAUUAUUAACACGUAAUCACAUGAUUUUUCUCGUGCAAUUUGAAAUAAACAAGCACUUGACUGUCAUUUUAGCCUCCUAACUGUAAACAACCAUGCGGUAUGAAAAAAGCCCCUACAUAACCUACUCUGGUCCGCCACAACGGCAACGUUUUCUUCAAAGGAACACAUAACGUUGCUAAUAUUGGGAUUUCAGUCAACUGAAACUUGAAGGAAAAGUAGCUUAGGGUGCUAAAAGCAUAAUGUAAUUCUUGACUUGUUUAAAGCUCUUGAGCGCAAUAUAUAUAUGCAAUGCCCGACUCAAAUACGUUUUUUGAUUGGAGGGUUGAACAUGUCACGAGCCGUGAAUCAAAAUGCACCAACUUUCAAGGGUAAAAAAAAUUCACUAGCUUCUUGGGAAACAACGACUUGACUUUCGACCCUCGCGUGAUAAGUUCGUUCACCGUGAAACCGCAGCAAAUGUGUGCGCCAGCCUGCGUACAAAAAAAUAGUUUUUCUGCAGUCAUUUUCGUGUUGAGAUGUAUAUGAAAAUACUGAAAAAAAAUGAAAAUUAAAGUGACUUGCCCCACGGAAAACAGUGAGGACUGCUUUCUCUUGCCCCGCAAAACUCAUUGUUUUCCUUGGAGUCAGUCAUUAGUCACUUAUUUUACCAACUUUGCCAGAUGUCUGUAUUAGAAUUUUCUGGAUGCGAAAGUAAAUAAUAUUAGCAGGGUAGCUAGAGUGCAAAAGAUGAGAAAAUAGUUAGAGCAUCGAAGAAAUAAAUAUUUCUUAGCAUAUUGGCUUCGGUUAUCAGAUUUUUGGCUCCGUGCGCGGGUCUGAAAAAGGAACACAUAACUACAUGUAUGGUACGGCAGAUAUAUCUACAAAUUGUGACUCAUAAAUGUACGAGUUACAACUUGAGAGGCAAUUCUGUCAGUUUUCAUCUCUCUCUGUUGCAUCCUAUUACAUCCUCUUUGCUGUUUUUCAUUAGGCGAAUUUAGCUUUGUUUGGUGGGGAAAAGUUGUUAUGGAUCCCAAAUGCGACUAAUUGAUACUCAUAAAGGGUGCAAGACAAAAGAAGUCCGGAUAUUAAAAAGAAUCCGAUAAUCGAGGUUUUUCUCAAUUAAAGUCAAACGCCCCCACGUUUUACUCGAAUGUAAAGAACCACUAAGCCACCCGGGAAAACAACAAAUUGAACUUUCAACUCUCACGUGAUAAUGUGUGUGCCAGCCUGCGUAUAAAAAGUAAAUUUUGGCAGUCGUAUUCGAGGUAUGAGAAAAUACUUUAAAGAUCAAAAUGACUGGCCUCACGGGAAACAAUGAGGAUUGCCCCGCAAUGGAAACAAAACUCAUUGUUUCCCAUAGAGUCAGUCAUUAGUCACUUGUUUUACCAACUUUGCCAGAUGUCUGUAUUAGAAUUGUCUGGAAGCGAAAGUAAACACUAUUAGUGGGGUAGUCAAGGUGCAAAAGAUGAGAGAAUAAUCAGAGCAUCUAAAGAAAUAAAUGUUUCUUAGCAUAUUAGCUUCGAUUAUCAGAUUUAACUUGUACGGAAUGGUAUGGCAGAUAUACCUACAAAUUGUGAUUAUUUAAAUGUAUAUAAAUGUACGAGUCAGAACUUAGGAAGAAAUUAUGUCAGUUUUCAUUUCUGAAAAAACUUUUUAAGUUGAAAUUACACCCUGUAGCUCUUUUCCAUUAGGCGGAUUUAGCUUUAUUUGGUAGGAAAAAGUUGUUAUGGAUUCCAAAUGCGACUUAUUGAUACUCAUAAAGGGUGCAGGACAAAAGAAGUUCGGAUAAUAAAAAAAAAUCCGAAUAAUCGCGGUUUUUCUCUAUUAAAGUCAAACGCCCCCACGUUUUACUCGAAUGUAAAGAGUCGGUAAAACGAGUCGUGAUCAGUACUUCGUGCAAAACUGACCCAUGCAUAAUUUAUGUACGGGUUCUCAAGCUGUUUCUAUUCAUUUCUAUAAUUUUCAUUGUUACACAAGGUUCAUUAAAAUUGCAUGAAAUGUUGAUAAAAGAGUUUUUCAAUAGAAAAAUACGAGAGGAGUGGAAAGAAACUGAAGGUAAGAAUAUACUGGUUUCAAGGGGUAACCAAGUCAUUCAAUUUGGAGAAAAUUGGUUAAUUUAAACUUCAUAAGAAAAUUGCUCCCUAAUUUUGACAACAACAUAAAUCUUGAAUAGUCAGCCGCUUCGAUAAAUACGUUUGAGUGAGAAGUAUAUAUACAAAAGACCUUUACUACCGCAUAACGUGAGAAGAAAAGUCGAGGAAAAGUAAGAAAAGGAAGGUGAGUGUGAGUGAGAAACUCGAUGUAUUUACUUACUAUCGGGUGAGUAACUUGUGCAAGCCAGCGGACAAGAAUUAAUCCUUAGCAGGGAAGAUUCCUUAUAUUACUCGGUAGCCGGAGUAAAAAGAGCUCGUAUUCUUUCGCUGAGUCAGACAAAGUGUAAUUAACAAAACUCUAAAUUCACAAUCAAAACUAUUUGUUGCAUCUAAGAAGGGAGAAGGGCAACAUUUGUCAUCUGUUUCUCUUUCUUUCUCAAAUUACAGGAUGAGAGGGCUUCUAGUUGGUUUCCAUUUCUGUCCCGUUCUGUUGAGUGGUGUUGCUUUGUUUCUUGUGGCUUUCUGUUCGUCUUUGCACCCUGACUUGAGCAGGGACGAGGUUUUCGAGAGAGUUGAAGGUAACGCGUCAAUGUGUUAUACCUCCUAACACAGUGAUAUUUUUUUCCGACGGGAUAUGAAUGUUUCAAGUGCCAUGGGCGAAAACACGGAUCGGAUGACACAGAUUUGGACUGUGUCGCGAUAAACUUUACUAUUUCCCCCCCAAAUAAGGCUCUGUGACAUUCCAAAAAACCCCCUCAUUGGAAGUAAAUUUCCAUUCUUCCCCCUUUAUACUCUGUUGCCAUAGCAGUUCGCCCUAAAAAAAUAUGAGAUCGCCCCAAAAUCGAGUAAAAACAACGGGAACUUUCUACGCGCAACUCUCAUAACUUUCAGGGCUUCUUCAUAUUCACCUUUGAACAAUAUCAAGAAUCAAGAUGACCUCUUAAGACAGGGUAAUUAACUACACACAAACUGUAUUAUUAAAGUAUCCCAAAUAAACUAAGUAAUGAGAACAUGAAACACGAUUGUGUUGUUUUUCAAGGAUUUGAGCUUAUUGGUCACAUCACCAAGACAUUAUAUACUGACGAAAUAAGCUGUGGAUUGAGAUGCCUUCAAGAUGAAAAAUGCCAAUCUUACAACAGCAAAUCCGAAGCUAAUGAUGCAAAGAAGGAAUGUCAACUGAGUAAUCAAACCAAAAAAUCAAGUCCGGAAAAUCUGAGGCGUAACCCACGUUCUACUUAUUAUGGAAGAGGUACUGUUGAGUAAGGUGCUUAACAUUAUGGAAAAGUUAGUGGAGGUGGGAGGGGGGGUAUGAAGGGUCGGAGUAGUUUGGUUGUCACAAUAAAGUUUUCCUGAUCCUUCUAUAACGUUCCGAAUUAUUCUAUCGAUCUUCCUCAUUGGCCGCCAAUUUUCUUUAGUCCCACCUUUAAACUCUGUUAGCGACGACUGAUCCCUCUCCAUUCCCUUUGAAAACAAUGAUAUCCCCCCUAAGACCAAGGGUCAAAAAGUCAAAAAUGGUGACCUAUUUCUUACUUCUGGUUAGCGCUUUUCAGAGCUCUGUCAUGUCACGUGUACAUCCAUGUAUAACCUUUCCUAGAGAAUAUGAAAUUAAAAAUCUCUUGCUUUUCCUUAUAAUGAUAGGUUGUCCAUUUUCUUAAUUUGAAUUUAAAUUUCCAAAAUCAAGAGCUAUCUAAUAAUUACGCGAAAGGAACUACUAAUAGAAUAAGACCUCUGUGGCGUGUUUUGUUUCUUAGUUUGAUCUUCUCCUCAUUCCAAAUGAUUAUUCUUCCCUUUUCCUACGCAGAUAAACGAGCUUGGGAUUCUGUUCAUCCGGCUUUCUCCUGUAAAGAAAUUCUGGACUCUGGACACUCCAAAGGAGACGGGGAGUAUUGGAUCGACCCAGGGAAGAGUGGAAACCCUUUGAAGGUCUAUUGUGACAUGUCAAGAUCUGGUGGUAAGAGAAUGAAUUUUUUUUGAGACACGAGGAAUUCAACAAAGGUAUAUUUGACUUGGAGCAGUUGUUAUUGGAACGUUCUGGUCUUGGCUAUUCGUGCUUUCUCUACAAAGAUCCCUAUUAUGUUUUUGAUCAAAACUAUAGCAGAAUUUAGUUAUCAUCAGCCGGCCGAUUUGAACAGUAAUAGGACAGUGUACGCGUCAUAUUUGUAAUUGAACAGUGUAGUAGGACCGUUAAAGGGACAGUUAACGCGUCAUGCCUGUGUGAGUGGACAGAACGCGUCAUUUGCGCGCUGUUGUCUCGCAUUUCGCCGAGUAAACUGUUGUUUUUCGUUAAUAUGAAAACGUAUAACCGAUGUCUAGUUUCUUUCUCAAAUUUUGUCAAAGUUUUGAUCAAUUGGUAACAGGCCUUCUUCUCGUCUAAUAUGAUUACAGAUUGAAAUGGACUCCGCUCGGUCCUGUUACCAUUUAAUAUGUCUAAAAUUCUAGUUACAUGGAUGUCACCAGAUCAUUUAGGUUUGUUUUAUUUUAGGAGGUUGGCUUCUGGUGUCAAAUGUUGAGUUCGGAAGUCCCUCUCCAAAGGUGUCAGUUGAGACAUCAUACCGUGGAAUAGGUAGGUCACACAUGGUUCUGCAGAAAAGUGCCAUGAAAGAGCUCAGAAAACACUUGUCCUUCACUCAGCUGAGAUUCCACUGCCACAAGAAACAGGGACGCACAUUCCACGUGGUCACAGCUUCCAACAGCUCAGGCGAAGCUGUGGUCCGGUACUUCAGCGGUCAGAUAGAUGAGCAACCGGACGCCUGUGGUUCGUUUGUGAGAGUGACGCGGGAUGACAAUUCCAUGUUAGCUGGCAUUUGCAAAGAUUGGGGUCGACUAGUAAGUGGAGAGUACCAGGUUGGAAAGUGGGGAAGUGGUGAAGAUCAAGAGAGGCUAUACAAGUAUUCCGUCUUAAGAAAGUCAAGGUAUCACCUUAGGAUCCAACUGCAUAAUGUUGACGACCUCGAAAAAAUGGAAUGUGAUGAUCGCCAUGGUCACAAUAAUGACACAAACGGCGAUUUCUGGAGAGUCUUUGUUCGUUAGUUGCGUCUAUCUAUACACCAAGCAACCCUUGACUGUGCGAAUAACAGUAACAAACGAAUAAAGCAAAAUAAAGACAAAUGCACCGUUACACUCAUCAGGUUAUAAGAAUGUUUUUGUUUCCAUUUCGGGGCAAGGGAAAGCAAUUCUCAGUCAUUGUUUCUCGUGGGGCCUGUCAUUUUAAUUUUAAUUUUUGAAAAUAUUUUCUCAUACAUCCCAAACCGAAUAUGACUGCCAAAAAUUACUUUUUGUAAGUAGGCUGGCACACACAUUUGCCGCGGUCUCACGGUGAACAACCUUAUCGCGCGAGAGUCGAGAGUUAAAGUUGUUGUAUCCUCGGGGGCUAAGUGAAUUUUUUUCACCCUAGAAAGUUAGUGUAUUUUGAUUCACGGCGUCUGACAUAUUUUUACCAUCCAAUCAAAAAACGUAUUUGAGUUGAGAGGUACAUAACGAUUAAAUUUUCACAACUGCUUCCUUCUCAAUAAAAGGUUGAACUAGUGACCACGUCAACCUCAAUGUUAAGUUGAAGGACUCUUAACAUGAUUGACUAGGUGAUCGGAUCGCGAGCGUCGCGCGUGAGUACUAAAAAUUCCAGAGCAAGAGGAAAGAACACUUUGCAGCUCGAAAAAAAUUGACUACUGACACAUGAAAAUUUCAACGACCUGUUUGAUGUGGCGGGAAGCCAUUGAGAAAAACCAUGCUUACCACAAGAGGUCGAGGCUAGCUGGGAAAUCUCCCGGACAAUAAAAAAGUAAUCAUACAGAUUUUGACCUUCAACCCCUCGGGGAUUGGGGGAGGGUUUUUUUUUUCCACUUUUAAGACAUGACACGAGUCUUUAUACUGCAACCAAUCACAAUCGAAGAUAUUUUAAUUUUCAAUGAUUGAGAAGUUUAUAUCAAACAUAAUAACCGGGCAUUAUGUAUGUAUAUAAAAAAAAGAAUUUAUCGUGUUCAGACCUUCACACAAGUCAAGAACUAUAUUAUGCUUUUAGCACCCAUAAGCUCCUUUUCCUUCGGGUUUUCAGUCGACUCAAAACUCGAUAUCAGCAACGUCAUGUGCCCCUUGGAAUAAAACGUUGCCGUUGUGGCGGACCAGGGUAGGUUAUGUAAGGGCUCUUUUCAUACCGCAAGCAGUUUACAAUUAGGAGGCUAAAAUAAUCGUCAUUCCAUACACAGGGGUUGUCCUACCAUAUCGAAGCUCUCUGUGUCAGGAAGUCCACUGAACUCACACGAUCAACAAUCUCGCUAAGAGGUUGAGACUGGACAUUGCAUGUUUAAAGACCAGUGGUAUCUAUGUUCUCUCAGUGAUACAAUGCUGAUGCCUCGCGUGCAGAUUUGCUCGAUUGUUUAUGACAAAAUACCGUAAACGAAUAAUAGCUAUGACUCGUGUUUGUUGUGUCAAGCUAAUUGUCGAGAGAGGAUUGUCCGUUCAAUUUUCUAUUUUUUAAUUUAAUCCUUACCGGCCUUACGCCUAACCAUGGUAAGAAUUCUCCAUAUUACUCCCUCACGAUAAAAUAAGAAUCUAAAACAAAAAGAAUGACAAAAAUACUGAUAAACGGUUGUGAAUAUAUGGAAGUCAUAGAUUUGAAGUGCGGUUAAAAACGUGAAUGUGAAAGCGAUCUUCACAGUAAUGAACACUACUUAAGCAGUAGUGAAAAGAAGGCCUGAAAAAAAUUCAGGCCUGUACGGGAUUUGAACCCAUGACCUCUGCAAUACCGGUGCAGUGCUCUACCAACUGAGCUAAGGUUCCAAAUAAACCCGUGAAGUGGUAAAAACAACGGGAACUUUCUACACGCAACUCUCAUGACUCUUAGGGCUUCUUCAUAUUCACCUUUGUACGAUAUCAAGAAUCAAGAUGACCUCUUAAGACAGGGUAAUAAACUACACACAAACUGUAUCAUUAAAGUAUCCAAAAUAAACUGAGUGAUGAGAACAUGAAACACGUUUGUGUUGUUUUUCAAGGAUUUGAGCUAAUUGGUCAUAUCACCAAGACAUUAAACGCCGGCGAAAUAAGCUGUGGAUUGAGAUGCCUUCAAGAUGAAAAAUGCCCAUCUUACAACAGCAAAUCUGAUGUUAGUGAUGCAAAGAAGGAAUGUCAACUGAGUAAUCAAACUAAAAAAUCAAGUCCGGAAAACCUGAGGCGUAACCCACGUUCUACUUAUUAUGGAAGAGGUGCUGUGAGGGGACAGAACGCGUCAUGUGCGGGCGCUGUUGUCUCUCAUUUCGCCGAGUAAACUGUUGUUUUUCGUAUUUAUGAAAACGUAUAACUGAUAUCUAGUCUCUUUUUUUUCUCAAUUUUGUCAUUGUUUUGAUUAAUUGGUAACUGUCCUUCUUGUCGUCCAAUUCUAUCUGUAAUCAUACUCGUGAUUAAAAAAGUCGGACUCCCGCUUCGCGGUCAUACGAUUUUGCUAAUCAUUCGUAUGAGUACAGACCAAAUUGGACUCCACUUGGUCAGGUUACCAUUAUUCAUAUGUAAAUAUUUCUAGUUACAUGAAUGUCACCAGAUCACUUAAGUUCGUUUUAUUUUAGGUUGGCUUCUAGUGUCAAAUGUUAAGUUCGGAAGCCCCUCUCUUAUGGUGUCAAUUGAGACAUCAUACUAUGGAAUAGGUAAGUCACACAUGGUUCUGCAAAAACGUGCCAUGAACGAACUCAGAAGACACUUGUUCUUCACUCAGCUGAGAAUGACUUCCACUGCCACAAGAAACAGGGACGCACGUUCCACAUGGUCACAGCUUCCAACAGCUCUGGUGAAGCUGUGG